AUGGUCACUCAAGUAGCCGUGCUUGAUGAUUACCACGGUGUUGCCCCUGGGCACUUUGCCAAGUUGGACCCCUCAAUUUAUGUUGUCAAACAUUUUCCAGCAACACUGCCACCGUAUAAUCACCCGGACACAACACAGGCCGAGAGGGAUGAGCUGGCUGAGCGAUUGGAGCCAUUUGAAGUCAUUGCAACAAUGAGAGAGAGAACCCCGUUUCCCAGAGAGUUGAUUGAGCGCCUUCCUCGACUCAAACUGCUUCUGAGCUGUGGUCGUCACAAUAAGGCGAUUGACAUGGAGGCAUGCCACUCGCGGGGUAUACCUGUAACAGGCACAGAAGAUAAACUAGCCAUUGAUACUACGCUGGAACACAUCAUCACCCUCAUCCUCGCGACUUCUCACGACAUUGCGCAGAAUGAUGCAGCUGUGAAGGCCGGAAAAUGGCAGACCAGCUUUGUCACUGGUGUUUCUUACAAAACUCUUGGUCUAGUCGGGCUUGGCCGGCUCGGCAGAUCAGUUGCUCGAAUUAUGAGCCUUGCAUUUGGCAUGAAGAUCAUUGCCUGGAGCCCAAACUUGACUCAGAGCGUUGCUGAUGAGCAAGCGAAAUCUCAAGGGCUACCCGUUGAAGGUCCAGAUGGUGAAAAGACCUUCAAGUUUGUGAGUCGUGGGGAACUUUUCGCGACGUCAGAUGUAGUGAGUGUCCAUCUGCUUUUAUCCGAUCGCACACGGGGCUUGAUCACGACUCAAGACUUGUCGAAGAUGAAGCCUUCGUCUUUCUUCGUGAAUACCUCUCGGGGGCCAUUAGUUGUUGAGGAAGAUUUGCUGGGAAUUCUCAAGGAAGGGAAGAUUAGAGGAGCUGCGUUGGAUGUGUUCAACCUAGAACCCUUGCCGGCGAAUAGUGAGUGGCGAGACUCGGAUUGGGGCACUAAUGGCAAAAGCCAGGUGCUGGUGACACCACAUAUUGCGUUCAUGGAGGAAAGUGUCCUAAACGGAUUUUAUGAGCAGCAGGUUGGGGAAUUGGAGAGAUGGUCGAGGGGAGAGGCGCUCAAGAAGCCUAUUUACUGA